UUCAACAGUCCUAUCUCCAACCUUCUCCAACCUUCUCCAACAUCAUGUACCAAUCUCUGGAAGCACCGUCUUCUUUGCUCAAGCCGCGAACCGGUUCUUCAUUGAAACACCGGACUGCUACCCCAAGAGCCCGUUUGGUUUCAUUUCCCCGGUACCAGAGUACAUCUCGUAUUGGCUUUCCGAUGUUAUUGUCCACAUUCGGCACAGUGAGCAGUACUCACGCGAUUUCGGAAACGACGGAAUGCGCGGUGACAGAGCGACCUGAACGGCCAGUGAGAAUUGUGGCACUCGUCGGUGAAGGAACCGUCAGCCCUCUGAACUGUGCCUCUUGGCAAGAAGUCAUGCUUCACACUGCAGAUAGAUUGAAAUGGGUAGAUGAUGGAUAUGAGAUGCUAGUAUUCACUGAUGACCUAUGCUGGUCAAGUGGGGAAACAGCUGCUGAUGUGCAAAGGGAACUAAACAGUGCAGAUAUCUUGGUGAUAGUUGCUGUUACGAAUCAAGAGUCGGUGAAGUGGAUUCAGACCAAUAGUGGAAGAAUUCCAAAUAUAAUCUGCUUCGAUUCCUCUCAGGUUUUGACAAACAAAUUAGGCGGAAUGAAUAUUCAUAGGAAAACUGAUGGGAUGCUAUUUGGCAAAUUGAUUGGGACUUCUGAGCUUAGAAAGGAAAGUGAAGCUUUGGAAGUUGUCAAAACUGUGUCUGAUGCAUGGGACCGACAUAAUUCUGACGAUAUAAGGUUUUGUUUGUUGAUCAUUAUCAAUGCUUAUAUAAGGCCAGUCCCAAUCCUGAAAAAUCUGAGAGCAAAGGGCUUUUCUACCUUGAACUGCAUGGUUAGGAAUUGUGGGACCGAGAUACUGAACUGUCUCUUGGAUCCUAAUUGUAGGAAGGCUCUUGAAUGUUUGAACAAGUGCAGUCCAGUGGAUCAGGUGUGUAAUUAUCGAUGUAUUGCUUCAUAUGAAAGUCAAAAUCUAGAAGCCUUUUCCCUAUGUGUUUUACAGAAACAUAAUUGUCUUCAAUUGGAUGCCAAAAUCCCCGAAAAACCUUAUGUGCCUCCUAUGGUUAAGUUUCGAGGAAAGGAGUUGUGUCAUGAAACUGCUGAAGAUCUUUUUGUGGGUUGGUUGGGGAGUCUCAAUUGGAGUUGGCGUGUUGUGGCAGGACAAAACCCAGCUUAUGAUCAAUUUCCAUGCCAGUACCAGCUAUUCUACCGGGGAAAGGCAAGGGGAACGUUUUGGUAUGAGCCAGUUUUUCGGGUAAAAACUCUAGAUGGGAGGCUUGUCUGGAGAAGGCGAAAGUAUCGGGUAAAGAGAGGCAAAGUUCCAGGAACGUUUAAUUUUAGUGUGUUGGAUAAUGGUGUUGUUUCUAAUGAGUUUUGGACAAUUGUAGAUGUAUCAGAUGAUUUUAGCUGGGGUUUGUUUCAUUACAGCGGAGCUGCAAGAGUUGCCGGACAGUCUUAUACAGGGGCUGUGCUUGUUAGCCCAGAUGGGGCAUACCCAAAUGAGGUGGAGAGCAGAAGAUUAGUUUCCGCCCUCGAGAAGUGUGGAAUUAAAGAAUGGGAGCUAUUUAAUGUUGAUAACUUUUCAUGCGCAGACCCUCCUCUAGGAAUCCCAGAAGGUUCAAAAUUGCACUCUCUGAUUGAUGUCAAAGAUCUGAGUUGGGCCUCUGUAUAGAAGGAAAAAAACAGAAGUUGAGAAAACUUCCAACUUCACAAGAAUUAAUCUCGGCUGAAUGGGGCUUGUUAUACCAACAACUGAAUGAUGGCUGAUGGGUUGAUGGGUCUAGCCAGUGAAUUGUGGUCUGGAGUUUCUUUUUUUCAAAGGCAUCGAACGGACAACAAGUGGGAAACAAGAGUAGAACAUAAGAGGUCAAGCUGCUGGAAGAACACAUCUCAGGUCAGCCUCCAAACCAUCCUUUGCAAAAGAAUUUGCCUGCUGCUUCAUGAUAGCUAAGGGAGAAAGUUAACUUUCAGUGCAUUUAUUUUUAUACAUUAUCAAAGAUAUGUCUCAUGAACUGCAAGAUAAUGAAUUAAAGCCCGCUUGAAAAAUAGGCUUUGUUCCUGCUAAAAAAGAAAAUGUUGUUUUAAUUUGCUGUGCUUACUGUCUUCGUAGUAAAAAUCCUUAAAUUUUUAGGAGUUCUAAUUCUAACCAUAUUAGUACUCCUAAACAUUAGAAUCAAACCAUAUAUGUAGACUAUAUAUAGACAUCAACCGGUAUUGAGACUCCUAACUCAUAAAGGAUUAGAAUCAAACAUAUCUACUAUAUAUACACAUCAACCAGCAAUUCUCGAGAGUAUC